AUGUCAAACAAAACGCAGCAGCAGUUGGAGCAUCACAGUACAUUGUCCACAAUCCGCACCAAGAUAGGACUUGCACCAGAAGCCCCAAUUCUUGAUGAGCAUGAUGUCCAUGAACAUCUGACAUGGAGUUCUGUCAGACACAUCUUUCGAGAACCAUUCGCCGAGUUCUUUGGUGUGUUCAUAAUGGUCUUGUUUGGCGACGGAAGUGUGGCUCAAGUACUUCUCAGCACAGGAGAGAAGUCUGCACCAGGAGGAAAUGGCUUUGGACAAUAUCAGAGCAUCAGUUGGGGAUGGGGACUUGGCGUCAUGCUCGGAAUCUAUGUUGCAGGCGAUUCAGGAGGCUUUCUCAAUCCCGCUGUAACAUUCUGCUUCUGUCUGUUUCGCAAACUGCCCUGGCGUCGCUUUCCCAUAUACUUCCUCGCCCAAUUCCUUGGUGGGUUCGUUGGCUCGGGUGUUGUUUACGCAAAUUACAUCAAUGCCAUCAACUCUCUCGAAGGCCAUGGCAUCAGAACUGUUCCUCCAAGUACGACUGCGACAGCUAGUAUCUUUUGCACAUACCCCCAGGCGUUCAUGACCAAGGCGAGCCAAUUCUUUAGCGAAUUCAUUGCGAGCGCCAUUUUGAUGUUCGUCAUAUUUGCAUUGAAGGAUGACAGCAAUCCAGGCGCGAUGGGUAAGACGGGCGCGGGGCAGAUGUUCCCGCUCGCGUUGUUCUUUUUGAUCUUCGGGCUGGGGGCAUGUUUUGGAUGGGAGACAGGCUAUGCCAUCAAUCUCGCUCGAGACUUCGGUCCUCGUCUCAUGUCAUACAUCUUGGGAUACGGUCACGGAGUUUGGAGCGCAGGGGGUUACUACUUUUGGAUUCCCAUGGUAGCACCGUUUUGCGGGUGCACAUUCGGCGCUGUGUUGUACGAUGUGUUUGUGUAUACGGGACCAGAGAGUCCUAUCAAUUCGCCAUGGUUGGGAUUCAAGUACCUCCUCACCGGUGGAUAUUGGAGGAAGAAGAAGGAUCAGGAGAAAUAUGACGUCUAA